AUCAUGAUCGGCAUCUUUCAUGUUUUCAUGUGGUAUUUUGUAAUGUUUUUGUAUAUGGGACAAAUUCAAGGAGUCUUUGGAAUAUAUGAACCUUUAACUUACAAAACAGGAUGUGCUUUAUGGGGAGUUAUUUUUAUCCUUUCAGGAAUCUUUAUAAUAAGAAAAGAAAAGCAUCCAAGUCACUGUCUGGUCGCAUGUGCUUUGUCCAUGAACAUCCUCUCCACAGUUGCUGCAAUCAUUGCACUAAUUCUAACAGUAAUUGAAUUGUCUCAGUUUCAUUCUGUGUCAUAUAGGAAUUAUGGACAAGCGAAACUUGGGAGGGAAGUGUCACGUAUUUUAUUGGUCUCCUACCACUUGGAAAUUUCCAUUGCAUUUAUAUACUCACUCUUCACCUGCAUUGAUUUGGUCCGCGGACACAGUAUGACGCCGGCACAGCAAAGGAAAGGUGACAUCUCGGUCACCCUACCUCCUCACUCUAGUCCUAGGAGCCUUACAGGUCCAGCGGAGCUGUGGGGAGGCGAGGGAGGGGGCCGGAGAGCAGGGGCACCGCUCUUCCGGUGUCCGCGCGGGUCUCCACGCGCAGCGCCCCACGCAGCCGCGCUCUUGGCUACAACCGCGGCUUUGGAACCGAACGUGGGCGAUGAAGGCCACGGCUGA